GUUGGAGUUGAGGAAUUCACGGGUGCUUUUUUGUAAAGACAUUUAACUGGAGUUGCGUGGAGCCCAUCAGACUGGAAAAUGAAGAUCUCUCCAGUGGUAACAGCUCUCAUGACUUGCGUCCUCUUCAAAAAUAUGUGCUCCGCUAUCAAUGUCACAGUCACUCCUUCUCCAUUCAUAUUGGUGGCAGAGGGGAAUAAUGUCACCUUGUCCUGUAAGGUGACCCAGCGGCGUAGGUCGGCAAGUCUGCCCGUUGUGCGCUGGAUGUUCCUGCCUGAGUGGGGAGAAGAGGAGCUACUAGUGGCCAGGGUUAACAUGCGUAGGGCAAAGUUCUAUGGAAACUAUACCAAGAGCUUCAGCAAGCCCAAAAUGAAGCUGACAGUGGUGAAACAGGGCAAGAUAUUUAACCUCCUCAUCUUGAACAUCACAGAACAGGACAGGGGUCUUUACAGCUGCAGGGUCCAUGAGUUUAAAAAGCAUCAGGAACGUUGGAAAGCGUCAACCAACAGCUCAGCAUCCACACAGCUAAGAGUCCAUGUUCGCCCAGCUGCAAGACCAAAGGAAGAACUCUGGAGUCUGUUUGAAGAUGUGUAUUUGUGUGCAGUACUGGUUUGUUGUGUUGGGCUCUUGUGCAUGUGCAUGUUCACUGUAGCUGUGAGCUGUCAGUGUCUGCAGAGGAAGAGACGUUUAAAAGAAAACUAUCAUUUGGUCAAGAGCUCACAGAACAGCUCAGGGGAGACAGUCACUAGUGUUGUGAGCCUAUCCCCAGCUAUUCCCAAAAAAGAGAGAAAGUACAAGAAAAAGAAAAUCAUGGAGCAGCCAGACAUACCACCAGAGAUACCAGCUAAAGUCCCUAUUGCAGACAAAAUCCGAAAGCCAAAGCUUUUAAAACCUCAACCCAGGAAAUUCAUUUUGCCCAAAAUUGCUGAGGAGAGCCUAACAUAUGCUGAACUUGAACUGAUAAAGCCACUGCCCGAUGCCAAAACUGCAAUGACAGGAACUGUAUAUGCUCAAAUACUAUUUGAAGAUAAGCCAGUCUAGCAUUGUACCAUUUUCUUGGUAAAAAAUAUUAUUUAUAAUAAGUCGUCACUGUGUUUUUCUAAUAGCACAUGUUUUUUACAUGCAACUUACAUUAUACAUAUUGUAUAUCUAUAUUCUUUUUAUCUGUACUAACUUUGUAUCAGUGACUCUCCAAAUUGUUUCAUAUUUACAUGUAAUAUAUAUGUAAAACAGGACACUAAGCAAAUCUACAAUAGACAGAUCAUUUUAGUCUGAUAAGUCUAUGAAAAUGGUUAAUAACCGAGAGCUCAACCAGUCUCAGAAAAAGAGAGAAAAAAAAACACUCCUGUUAUCAAACACACCUUUUAAACUGUGUAUUAACUCCCUGAAUUAAUUCCCUAUUCCAAAUGUGUCCAGAUUGGUUAAAGGAUUAGUUCACCCAAAAAUUUACAUUCAGUCAUUGUUUCCUCACCCCUGUGUUGUUAUAACCCCAUAUGACUGUGAAGAGGAAGGCGGGGCCGGCCCCCAAUCAGGCUAAUUAGCCGAGGAAGGGGAUAAGGUCGAGUCGUAUGCGGCUGUUUGGGAGAGAGAGAGAGCCACACGCGGCUGCCGUGCGUGUUUAUGUUUGUGUCUUUUUAAGUUUUCAUUAAACAUUAUUUGGACUGUUAAACCGGUUCCUGCCUCCUCCUUGCCCAUUUGAAAUCCUGUUACAUUGGUUCUGGAGCCCGGGAAGGAGGAGGGAUGCACUGUUGUGGAGUCCAUGCCACUGCCAUCCGCCGAAAGGAGCAGCCGCGGCCGUCCAUCUGGGGACGGAGGAGUCGCUGACGGCACCUCGACACGGAGGAACGGCAGCCGUCUGCGAGGGGUGGCUCACUGUCGGCCACAAUCCGCGAGGGGAGGCUCUGCCAGGGGUGGAGGGCAUCAUCCAAAAGGGGAAGAGGUGCUCACUGCCGGCUGCUUGAACGCUGAGGGGCGUUCCAUCCACCAAUGGUCAGAGGACUCGCUGCUGUCCACCCGGGACGAGUGGCUGUCAUCCACCAGUGGUCGGAGGACUCGCUGCUGUCCGCCCAGGAUGAGUGGCUGUCAUCUGCCAGAAGUUGGAGGAGUGGUCGAGAACCAGACAACGUUGUGUCUGGGAACCGGCGAGCAAUUUUUUUGUUUUUCCUAUCUCUCUCUCUCACUGUCACUCCACCUUGCCCUUUCCCUCUCCUCUUUUCCCUCCCCUUGUCUCCCUCCCAGGUCUGGAAAAGGUACGGCCGGUGGGGCGACACCACCCCCCCGGAAAGGGGAGGGUGGGGGUGCGUCGUGCCGGGGGUUCCGCGGCCUAAGGCAAAGGAGGGAGGAGUGUGACGAUAAGGGCGGGGUGGGGCCGGGCCGUGAGUGCGCAUGGCCAGCCCCCAAUCAGGCUAAUCAGCCGAGGAGGGGGAUAAGGCUGAGCCGGAUGCGGCAGUUCGAGAGAGAGACUGUUCAUCCAGUUCCCGCCUCUUCCUUGCCCAUUUUAAACACUGUUACAAUUGCUUUCUAUCUUUCUCCUAACUCAAAGGGAGAAAUUGUGAAAUAAUGUUGAUCUCAGUGAUAUCAUACAAUGGCAGCUUAAAGUGACCACCUCUUCAAGCUUCAAAAGGACAAAAAAUAUAAUUCAGAAGUCUAAUAAAUGAUUCCAUGAGACUCAAGAUUGUUAUGAAAGCAUACGAUAAGGUUUGGAGUUAAAUAAACCGAAAUCUAAUUUAGUAAAAAUAUAACUUUAUACAUAUGUAACUUUUACACAUAACUUUAAAUUUGUAGAAUUCACUUAGGCCUGUUUGUUUUCUUCUCUUUAUUUUGGCUUCUUGGAUUUACACAUUCUAACAGAGGGGCAUCACUCCAUCACACUGAGAGUGGCUGUGCCAUUCUCACAAACUUUCAAUGUGCAAAAAAGUUCUUUAACUGUGAAAUUAAAAGGGUUCUUCUAACCGCAUUGAGCACAAUGAGAGCCUGCUGCCUUCACCACUAACAAGAACCAUCUGUGAAUUCAGUACAGAAACCCUAUACUCAACACAUGCAAAACAUCACUAUCUACUUCCAAGUAUUUCUCUUCUGUAUCACUCUGUUUUGUAUAUGUACUGUACAUUAAAAAAAUAUGUAUAUAUGUAUGAAAGUGCAUUACUGAAACUCUGGCUGCUCUUUCUGUUCAUGUGCAAUGCAAAAUUCACAUUCUUUAACUUGUCCAAUUUCUUUGGUUGUUUGGUGUGUGCGUGUGUGUGCAUGUGUGUGCGCGUGUGUGCGCGUGCAUGUGUGUGUCGGCGUGUUUAUGUGGUUUACGAGGACAAUUUUUUAGGUUACAAACUGGUAAUUACAAGGGUAUUAUGCUAUAAAUGUGAUUUAUGAGGACAUUUCUAGUGUCCCCAUAAAUUAAAUAGCUUAAAAAACAUCUUAAACAAUGUUUUAUUGAAAACGUAAAAAUGCAGAAAGUUUUCUGUGAGGGUUAGGUUUAGGGGUUGUGUUAGGUUUAGGGGAUAGAAUCUAUAGUGU